AUGGCCAAGGUCGUGGAGGCUGAUUUCAGCAUCAAACCAGAAAACAUCACGCCUCAGAUCCCUACAUCUGAAUGGCCGCUUCUGUUGAAGAACUAUGACAAAUGCAAGUCCCCAAUGCUGGUUCGAACCGGUCAUUUCACGCCGAUUCCUGUCGGCUGCACACCAUUGAAACGCGAUCUCAAAUCCUACAUCUCGUCCGGCGUCAUUAAUCUUGACAAACCCUCUAAUCCUUCAAGUCACGAAGUCGUCGCCUGGGUCAAGCGGAUAUUGCGGGUAGAGAAGACCGGCCACAGCGGCACACUGGAUCCCAAAGUUACCGGAUGCUUGAUUGUCUGCAUCGACCGAGCCACUAGACUGGUCAAAUCCCAACAAGGUGCCGGAAAAGAGUACGUCUGCGUGAUCCGGUUACACGACAAAUUGCCCGGAGGCGAAGCGCAAUUUGCUCGAGCACUCGAAACGCUGACGGGCGCCCUGUUCCAACGACCUCCCCUUAUCUCCGCCGUCAAGCGACAGCUACGUAUCCGAACGAUCCACGAGAGCAAGCUAUACGAAUUCGACAAUGACCGGCAUCUCGGUGUUUUCUGGGUCAGCUGCGAAGCUGGAACCUACAUCAGAACUCUCUGCGUACAUCUGGGAUUGCUGCUGGGUGUUGGUGCGCACAUGCAGGAAUUGAGAAGAGUAAGAAGCGGAGCAAUGGCCGAGAGCGACGGCAUGGUCACUUUACAUGACGUCCUCGAUGCGCAGUGGAUGAUGGACAACAACCGAGACGAGUCGUAUCUUCGAAAAGUCAUUUCCCCGCUUGAGAGCCUCCUGACCACAUACAAGAGAAUCGUUGUAAAGGACAGCGCGGUCAAUGCUGUCUGCUAUGGCGCCAAACUGAUGAUCCCUGGUUUGCUACGAUUCGAGGCUGGUAUUGAAGUCCACGAAGAGGUCGUUCUAAUGACGACAAAGGGCGAGGCAAUCGCUCUUGGGAUUGCGAUGAUGUCAACAGUCGAGCUGUCUACCUGUGACCAUGGAGUUGUUGCCAAAGUCAAGAGAUGUAUCAUGGAGAGGGACUUGUAUCCCCGACGUUGGGGCAUGGGACCUGUGGCGCUAGAGAAAAAGAAGAUGAAGUCUGACGGAAAGCUUGAUAAAUAUGGCCGACCAAACGAAAACACUCCAGCGAAGUGGAAUGCUGAGUACACCGACUACGGCGCUUCCGCCAAUACAGAAGGCACAAAAGCCACCCCAGUAGGGGAGACCACUUCCAAAUCCGACGUCCUUUCCGCUCCACCCGUCGCCCCGAAUGGUGAGGCGGGCGGUCAAAUGGAUCUUGACGAGAAGACUGCUGCCCCUCCUGCAGGAGAAGCGGCGGCGGAGCCUCCGACGACGAAUGGCGAGUCUACUCUUAAGAUCAGGAAAGAAGAAAAGGAGAAGAAGCGCAAGAGUAAACACGAGGGUGAGACGCCUGAAGAGAAAGCCGAGCGGAAACGGAGGAAACAGGAAAAGAAGGAGAAGAGGGAAAAAAAGAGAGCGAGCGGCGUGAAGAAGGAGGAAAGUGAUGACAGCGAGUGA